CACUCAUACACAAGGGUAUCAAGUCACCCAUCUGUCAUAUCCACGUGGCAUCAAUCCAAGAACGAAGGAAAUAUUCAUCCAACGGUCAUGGCCGCAUGGAAUUACUAGUAGAAACAACGCAGACGCAGCCAACCAAACGGAUAAAAGUGCGCGUCUCUUUCUCUCUCUCUUCCUGUUCGUCCAUAGCAGUUUUUUAUGGUCUUUUAGUUUCUAGAUUAAGAAAACAAAGACCAAGGUGAGCAAAUAUGGCUUUCGAGAUUAAAGCACUACCGUUCACGUUUGUUGCACACGCGCUUGCUAUCGUUGGCGCGGUUUUGGUAUUGGUUUGGUGCAUACACUUCAGAGGUGGCUUGGCCUGGGAAUCUUCCAACAAAAGUCUCAUCUUCAAUAUUCAUCCUGUUCUAAUGCUAAUCGGUUUAAUCAUCAUAGGAGGUGAAGCCAUUAUAAGUUACAAAUCUCUUCCUUUGAAGAAACAAGAGAAGAAAUUGAUACAUUUGGUUCUUCAUGCUGUUGCACUAAUUCUGGGUAUAAUUGGCAUCUACACUGCUUUCAAAUAUCAUAACGAGAGUGGCAUCGCCAAUCUUUAUAGCUUGCAUUCGUGGCUUGGGAUCGCGAUCAUUGUCCUUUAUGGCCUUCAGUGGAUAUAUGGGUUUCUUGUAUUUUUCUUCCCUGGAGGGUCAACCACAAUUAGGAGCGAGUCCCUGCCUUGGCAUGUGAUAGUAGGGGUGUUCGCCUAUAUUUUGGCAGUUGCCAACGCUGCUAUUGGGUUCUUGGAGAAGCUCACAUUCCUGGAGAACUCAGGACUUGCCAAAUAUGGCUCUGAGGCCUUACUCGUGAACUUUACUGCUGCGGUUGCAAUAUUUUAUGGGGCCUUUGUUAUAUUGACUGUUGUUAGUCAAGGCCCACCGGUGGAAGAUGAUUACAGCUAUACGGCUAUAUAGGAUAUAAUAGAUUAUAGAUUUUCUAGUGGCUGGCUUUCAGUCUAAACUAGAACUUGUACUUGUUUAUAUAUGAUUGUCUUGUAUGUGUAUAAGAUUGGCAAUUUAAUUAUUAAUCGAUAAUAUCAUAGCUAGCUUUGGUA